UUUAGGACACACCGGUGGGGCCUGAAGGGGCUUUGUGCGGCAACCUAAGCAGUUGAGAGUUCAACGGCAGAUUUUGGAAAUGCCCCCGAAAGGAAAAAGCGGUUCUGGAAAAGGGGGAAAAGGAAAAGCAGCCUCUGGGAGUGAGAGUUCUGAGAAGAAGGCUCAGGGUCCCAAAGGUGGUGGCAAUGCAGUAAAGGUCAGACACAUUCUGUGUGAAAAACAUGGAAAAAUCUUGGAAGCCAUGGAAAAGUUAAAGUCUGGAAUGAAAUUCAAUGAAGUGGCUGCACAAUAUAGUGAAGAUAAAGCCAGGCAAGGGGGUGACUUGGGUUGGAUGACCAGAGGGUCCAUGGUAGGACCAUUUCAAGAAGCAGCAUUCGCCUUGCCUAUAAGUGUGCUGGAUAAGCCUGUGUUUACAGACCCUCCAGUAAAGACAAAAUUUGGGUAUCAUAUUAUAAUGGUUGAAGGGAGAAAAUAAAAUUGUAUGA